AUGUCGUCUACAGCCCCUUUAGCUGAUGCCACAACUCCUCUGCUACAAUCGGUGAGCGAGGCAGCGGAUGGAUAUGUAAAUGGUGCACUGCUGCGCAAAUCAAAAUCGGAAAAUGCAGUGCAAAAAUGGAAUGAGCCGAUCAUCAAUACUUGGCGCGUUCUCGCAACUUUCUUCAGUUUCAUCGUGGUCGGUGCAAAUGAUGCAAUUUAUGGUGCACUGGUCCCCUACCUGUGUGAUCACUACGAGUUAGACUAUGCUUCUGUGUCUAUGGUGUUUCUUUUCCCGUGUCUGGGGUACGUCACCGCUGCUCUCGUGAGCAACUGGAUCCAUGCUCGUUUUGGACAACGAGGAGUGGCCCUGCUAGGAUCUGGGUUACACCUUUUCGCUUAUGGCGCCUCGACACAGCAUCCACCCUACCCCAUACUGGUUGCUCUUUUUGUCCUGGCUGGCUUAGGCAGUGGACUUCUAGAUGCGGCAUGGAAUGCGUGGAUCGGAGUCAUGGAAUACAGUAGCCAAUUGAUGGGCAUACUUCAUGGCUUCUAUGGUCUUGGGGCAGCAUUAGCCCCGUUAACUGCUACCUCGCUGAUGACGGGUCGAGGAUGGCACUGGUAUCAGUAUUACUAUGUAAUGGCAGGUGCCGCUAUUGUUGAGAUCCUGACUUUGACAAUUGCGUUCUGGUCAGCGCGAGGAAACUCGCUCUUAAUGGAGCAUCACCAGGACGGGGACACGACUUCCUGGUGGCAAACGUUGCGCAUGAGCCCGACAAUCCAGUCCCUGAAACAUGGCGCAACGUGGAUCAUUUGUAUAUUCAUCUUUCUCUAUGCCGGGGUUGAGAUUACCUUCGGAGGGUGGGUGUUCACCUUCCUAGUCCGUGAACGAGGCAUCCCUCCCUUCACAGCUGGGAUAGCGAACUUUGUGUACUGGGCUGGGCUCACUAUAGGCCGCGUCCUCCUCGGUUUCGUGACCAGCUAUCUCCAAAUUGGUAAAUACGCGGUACUUGCCUAUUUGACUGCGUGCAUUACUUGCCAAGUGGUGUUAUGGCUAGAAGAGGAUUUUGGGGUCUCUGUUGUUGCAGUGGCCAUGCUCGGAUUCUUCCUCGGCCCCUUGUUUCCUGAAGCAGUUAUUGCGUUUGCCGACCUCUUGCCAAAGCAUCUGCAUAUUGCAGGGAUUGGAAUUGCCGUUGCUCUCGGGAGUGCUGGUGGAUGUGUGUUUCCUUUUGUUACAGGGGCACUAGCGAAGCUUUUUGGCCUCCAAAUCCUGCUACCCAUGGUUUUACUGCUGCUCCUCCUGGCCUUAUCAAGCUGGCUUUUGUUGAUCAUGGUAUCACGGCGCGAACUUUCUUGA